CGGCAGAAACUCCGAUUUUACUUUGAACAGAAAAACAUGGCGACCACAAGCCGAUCGUUGUUGAUAUUCGGAUCACAAAUCGCUUACAGCGAGAAGGCAGUAAAUGACAUCAAAACAACGUUGCAGAACAAGCUGUCUCGUCAAUGGGUGCUUGACACAGUGGCGGGAUUGCCAAAGUAUUGGGAUGCCUUGGCCGAAGGACUCCCCAAGGUCACAGACACCAUCGGUUCGCAGGGAAGACAGCUCCUGGAGGACCUCGGCCCAUGGCUCGAGAGCAAUGGAUCCAAAACCCUAGGCGUGCAAGGCGAUGCACUGCCGGGCGUGGUGUUUGUGCCGUUGAUCGUGCUCGAACAGCUCACCGAGUACCGUCGGUAUCUGCGGGCCAGCAGCACCAACAACGACGACGGCGGCAAGUCUGAUCCUCAAGCAGCUCUGGUCGCCAGCAAGACGCCCGCACUCGGGUUCUGUAUGGGCCUGCUGGGCGCGUAUGGCGUCGCAAGCGCGCACGAUCUGGAAGAGCUCGAUCGGUACGGCGCCGUAGCGGUGCGUCUGGCCAUGCUUGCAGGCGCCCUGAGUGACGCUCAGGACACAUGGAACCCGCACAGAACGUACGCAGUGGCGUGGACAAAUGUGAAGCAACAGCAGGACCUGCGGCGUAUCGUCGACAGCAUCUCCCCUGAAGCCUACAUCUCGCUGCUCUUCGACGAGGCGCGAGCCACGGUCACGGUCACGAAACGGGCCGCAGCGAGGUUCGUCAGAAAGGCUCGUGCCGCCGGAGUCGUCCUCUCCGACACGGGCUUUCGCGGCGAGCUGCACAGCCCAAAGGCCCAGUCCAAGGAACAAAUCCAAGACCUCGUCGCCUUCUGCGACGACAGGCACGAUCUUCAGUUUGCAAAGACGGAUCACCUGGCGUUGACGACCUUCACCAACGCCGGGGACGGCAGGCCUCUUGCACCCGGUGUUGAUGGCUCUCUCCACGGGCAUGCUCUGGAGACCUUGUUCGCGCGGCAGUGCGACUGGUACGGCACGUUUGCGGCCGUAAAGGCAGCGUAUCUCAACGACAGCGAGACAUCAGUGACGACAACCUUCGGCCCCGAUCGAUGUCUGCCGCCGACUCUCGUGCGCAACAUGGGAUCCAGAGCGGUGCACUUCGCCGACGUUCGCGAACGGCCCAGCAGCCCGGACCACAACAACAACAGCAACAACCACAACCACAACCCCGUGAGCGACGACGCCAUCGCCAUCGUCGGCAUGUCCAUCAAAGUCGCGGGCGCCGACGACCUCGACGAGUUCUCCCAGCUCCUCCGCAAGGGCACCUCGCAGCACGAGAAGGUGACGCGGGAACGCUUAAACUUCGACUCGCUCUUCCGCGAGCCCGACACCCGCGAUUACUUCUGCAACUUCGUGCGCGACGUCGACGCUUUCGACCACAGAUUCUUCAAGCGCAGCCCGCGCGAGUCGGCCGCCAUGGAUCCCCAGCAUCGCCUGCUUCUUCAAGCGGCGUACCAGACCGUCGAGCAGGCCGGCAUCUUCACCGAGGCCACGCGGGCCGGGCAAGAGGACAGAGACCGGAGCCACGUCGGUGUGUACAUCGGCUCGCCGUCGGUCGACUACGAGCACAACGUGUCCACACACCCCCUCAACGCCCUCAUGGCCACGGGCAACUUGCAGAGCUACCUUCCCGGGCGCGUGGCAAACCAUUUUGGCUGGACCGGGCCGGCCAUCGCCUUCGACACGGCAUGUUCGUCGUCGGCCGUCGCCAUCCACACCGCCUGCAACAGUCUCCGUAACGGCGAGUGCUACGCGGCGCUGGCCGGCGGCGUCUGCAUCCUGACCAACCCACACUGGUUCCAGAACCUGACGGCAGCGAGUUUCCUGAGUCCCACAGGCCAGUGCAAGCCGUUCGACGAGAAAGGGGACGGCUACUGCCGCGCCGAGGGCAUCGCCUGCGUCCUCCUCAAGCGCAUGGCGGACGCGCGAGCCGACGGCAACCCGAUCCUCGGCCAGCUGGCCAGCUCGGCCGUGUACCAGAACCAGAACCACACGCCCAUCUUCGUGCCCAACUCGCCGUCGCUGGCGCAGCUGUUCGGGGAUGUCAUCAAGAAGGCACACGUGUCGCCCCGCGACAUCGCGCUCGUCGAAGCCCACGGCACAGGCACGGCCGUGGGCGACCCGGCUGAGUGGGCGGCGCUGCGCAAGGCAGUCGGAGGCCCGAUCCGGCCGCAGCCAUUGCCGGUGGGCUCGGUCAAGGGACAUAUCGGGCACACCGAGGGGACGUCGGGCGUGAUCUCACUCAUCAAGGUGUUGAUGAUGAUGCACGAGGGAUACAUCCCGCCGCAGGCCAGCUUCAACAAGCUGAACGCCGCGAUUAGAGCGGCGGCUGACUCGGACAUGAUGGAGAUCGUGACCUCGCUUCGAAGCUGGGAUAGCCGGAACAAGGUGGCGCUGAUCAACAACUACGGUGCUUCGGGUUCCAACGCCGCCAUGGUCGUGGCGGCUCCACCGACUCCCAACGAGCGGCAGGACGUGGCAUCUAUCAAGACGCUGGACGGACGGUUCCCCUUCUUCAUCUCUGGGUCUGAUGCACGCGCCGUCAAGGCAUAUGCCGCCAAGCUCGCCGCCCUCGUCGAGCGACGCCAGUCCAGGUCAGCGCUGGCCGACCUGUCCUUUAACAUCAACCGGCAGAGCAACCCAGACCUGCCGCAGCGAUUCCUCCUCCGCUGUCGCUCCGUGGACGAGCUCAGGGAGAGACUUGCAAGCGUCUCUGAACACGACAUGACGGACACGCAGGCCGAACGACCUGUUGUGCUGUGCUUUGGCGGCCAGGUCUCGACUUUUGUCGGCCUCGACCGCAAGCUCUACGACAGCAUCGCCGUCUUCCGCCACCAUCUCGAUGGGUGCGACGAGAUCGUGCAAGCCGAGCUAGGUCUGCCGAGCAUCUUCCCUGACAUCUUCUCUCGCACACCCUUGGGCGACCCGGUACGACUGCAGGUGGCACUCUUCGCCAUGCAGUAUGCCAGCGCUCGAAGCUGGAUCGACUGUGGACUGUCCGGCAAGGUUGUCAGCGUCGUCGGCCACAGCUUUGGCGAGCUCACGGCGCUGUGCAUCUCUGGCGCGCUGAGCCUCAAGCAUGCCCUUACCUUGGUCUCCCGCCGUGCACAGCUCGUGCGCGACGCCUGGGGUGACGAGAAGGGAAGCAUGAUGGCCGUUGAGGCCGACGAGUCGCUCGUCCAGGAGCUCCUAGAGCAUGCAGGUCGACAACUUGAUAACCCGGCUACUAUAGCCUGCUACAAUGGUCCCCGGAGCUUCACCUUGUCGGGAUCCGUUGAGGCCAUCGAUGCCGUGGCCGAGGCCAUCGCCAACAACAGCGACAAGUUCUCAGCCCUCAGGAGCAAGAGGCUCAAUGUCACCAACGCCUUCCACUCGUCCCUCGUUGAUCCGCUCCUCGACCGUCUCGAGCAGGUCGGCAGCGAGCUCGAGUUCCACGAGCCCUCAAUUCCCCUGGAACGGGCCACCGAGACGGCCUUCACCGGCCCGCUGACCCCCAAGUUUGUCCCGGACCACAUGCGCCAACCCGUCUUCUUCUCCCACGCGAUGCAACGUCUCGCCAAGAAGCACCCGUCCGCCAUCUUCCUCGAGGCAGGCUCGAGCUCGACCAUCACCGUCAUGGCGAGCCGUGCGCUUGCCGGACAGGCUAGCAAAUCGCACCACUUUGAAUCCGUCAGCGUGACGAAUGAGAAGGGCCUCGACGGUCUCACCGAUACCACCAUCUCGCUCUGGAAGCAAGGGCUGCGAGUCGCCUUUUGGGCGCAUCACACUCUGCAGACGAACGACUAUACAUACAUCCUCUUGCCGCCGUACCAGUUCGAAAAGGCACGGCAUUGGAUGGACUUCAAGUCCGCGACCGACCUGGUGGCAGGCUUGACUCAAAAAGCAGCCGUGAGCGAUCCCAAGACUAUGCCGCUGUGGGAAUUCGUCGGCUACCAGGGCAACGACACCAAGCACCCGCGCUUCCGCGUCAAUUUGGUAUCCGACAAGUUCAAGAAACUCGUUUCUGGUCACGUCUUCGCCCACACGGCGCCCGUGCUAUCCGGAACGGUCCAGUCCGACAUGGCGGUCGAGGCCCUGCUCAGCAUUCAUCCAGACUGGAAGAAACAGGGCAUGAUACCCACGAUGCUCGAGGCCAACAUCCCCACGCCCAUCUGCGUUGACUCGUCCCGAAAGGUCUGGAUCGAUUACGAGGCUCUCGAUGCGGAGCACACCCUUUGGCAGCUGAACGUCUCGAGCACCAGCGCUGAAGGCACUCUGCCCAGAAGACAUCUCCACGGACGCCUCCAUAUUCGAUGGCCCAGCGACCCCGACUUUAUCGCCCAGUUUGCGCGCUUUGAGCGUCUCGUCCCCUAUGAGCUAUGCGCCAAGCUGUUGGCCGAGGCGGGCGGACCCGACGUCGACGUCCUGCAGGGCCGUCAGGUGUACCGGGCCUUCUCCGAGUUCAUCGAGUACUCGGAUCAGUACAACGCCAUGCACGCCGUUGUCGGCAAGAAGAACGAGUGCGCGGGCCGAGUGCACCGUCGACAUGCCGGCGAGAGCUUUCUCGACAUCGCCCUCCAUGAUUCGUUCAAGCAGGUCUCCGGUCUCUUCUUGAACUGCAUGUCGGAUGCGCAGCCCGGCGAAAUACACAUCGGAAGCGACGUUGAGCUCGUUAUGCGGUCGCCACGGGGCAUUCUGCAGCCAGGACAGACGCAGGAUGUCUGGCAUGUGUAUGCGCGACACUCGCAGGUCUCGGCCAAGGUGUACAUGGCAGAUGCGUUCGUCUUCAAUGCCGCCAAUGGGGAGCUCGUCGAGGUUAUACUGGGACUGCAGUAUACGCGUAUGAGCAUCGAGUCGAUGAAGAGGCUCUUGAUGAACCUCACUAGGGAUGAGUGGGCCUUGAACAUGAGCACGAGCGGCGCGACUGUGGCAGCAGAUCCCACACCCAGAAAGCCCCAGGGUGUCGUGGGGGGCAGCUCGAAGAAGCCGCAGGAGAAGCAGAAGGCGGCCAAGAAAGCAUCGUCGUCCCAAUCACCAAAGUCCGACCUCACAAUGGAGGUCAAGAAAGUGCUCGCGAGCGUCGUGGGCGCAGAGGUCGAUGCCAUUACUCUUGAUUCAGAAGCCGCCGACAUUGGCAUUGACUCAUUGAUGGGCAUCGAGCUGCUUCGCGAGGUCAAUUCGGCGUUCCACUGCAAGCUGGACCUGCCAGAGCUGCUAGCAGCCACUACCGUGGGCAAUAUCGUCACUCUGGUUGCAAGCGCCUUGUCUCAAGGCGCUGUAGAGAUCGCGGAUGAUGACGAUCAUGAUGAUGAUGCCGACGAUGAUGUGAGUGAGUCGAGCCUAGAUGAUAGUCGUCCCACCACGUCUACAUCCGCCUCGGAGCUAGACAGUGCUACCUCGGGAGUCGAUUCCCCUCCUAUCAAGCACAUACAUUCCGAGGAGCAGACGAAGAGAGAUGUUACGGCACGCGAGGCUGAGGCCGAGAGGUACGUGGCAGAAUACACGGCGGGAUGGACGCCUGCACAACCGUCGUAUACAGGUGAAGCCAUCGCAGGUUCGCAUGAUGCCGUCAUCAUCGUCACAGGCGCCACCGGAAGCCUCGGCGCACACGUCGUCGCCGCUCUCGCCUCGAAUCCGUCGGUCAAGACGGUUGUCUGCCUCAACCGACACCGUCCCACGCCGGUGGAAACCCGCCAAGACGACGCUUUCUCCAGUCGCGGCAUCGCACUUACACCGGAAGCCCGGUCCAAGUUGCGCAUCCUGGCGACCGACUCGUCCCAGCCGCGGCUGGGUCUCGAGGCAUCGGAAUACCAAUGGCUCACGCAGCACGGCUCGCACAUCGUGCACAGCGCGUGGCCCCUGAGCGGCUCACGGCCCAUGUCCGCCUUUGCACCGCAGUUCCAGGUCAUGCGGAACCUGCUUGACCUCGCUCGUGAUAUGGCCGUCCACCGUCGGGUCGGGUUCCAGAUGGUCAGCUCCCUUAGUGUCGUUGGACAUGCGAAGGAGCGACUCGUGCCGGAGGAUCGUGUCCACAUGGACUCUGUCUUGCCCCCAGGGUAUGGCGAGGCCAAAUGGGUGUGCGAGCGGAUGCUCGACGAGACGCUACAUAAGCACCCUGCGCUGUUCCGAGCCAUGGCCGUGCGGCCCGCACAGAUUGCAGGUUCCGCUACGAGCGGGGUCUGGAACUCAGUCGAGCAGAUUCCCUUCAUCGUCAAGUCGGCGCAGUCGCUGGGCGCCUGGCCCAACUUCCGCGGCACCGUGCGGUGGAUCCCUGUCGACGCCGUAGCGGCGAUCCUUGUCGAUUUGUUAUACAUCGGGGACGACAAGACGGCGCCGGACCCGUGGCCCAUCUAUCACAUUGACGACCCAGUCGGCCGGCCGUGGGAAGAGAUAUCGUCCGUCCUGGCUGACGCGCUAGACAUUCCGGCGGGUCAGUUCAUGCCGUUCAAAGAGUGGCUCGACACGGUUGCCCGCUCGUCCAAGCCGGAGACAGAGAACCCAGCCGGGAGAUUGGUGGACUUUCUGGAACAGAAUUUUGAGCGGUUGUCCUGCGGUGGGCUGGUUCUGGACACGACGAAGGCGCAGGAGCAUUCUGCUGCUAUGCGGGCGUUGGCGCCGGUGAGUGCCGAAGUAGCCAGGGGCUACAUCAGGGCUUGGAAGGAGAUGGGAUUCCUCGCCUCGUGAAGAGCGGUCGUAUAAACGAGAUGGUUGCACAGCUGGCUUGAUUAUCUUUAAGCUAGUUGGAAAAAGUUCGUAGGUUUAUAUAUAUAUUGGAGUUUGAAGAGGGUUUACUGGAUUUGUCUGGAAAGAAAGGGUAUCCCUAAGCAUGUACUCCGUAUAGAAGCUAUAGAAACCGCAGACACCCAGCUGCAUUUGGUGCUCAGGCUUGCUUGCUUCUAGUAGGAACUAGGACUAGGAGCUAGGCUCAAAGCC